UGUAAAUAUGUGAUUGCCAUGUGUUUCAAAACAGGAACAUUGUAUAUAAAACUGGGAACUUAAAAAAGGUGUUGGAAGUUCACUAUUAUCAACACAUUGUAAAUAGAGUUUAAGUGUAUGCAAACAAUGAGAACGUGAGAUGACGCGUUUUAUAGCAAUUCUGAUUUGGAGUUUAUAUGUUGUUUGUUCGAUUGAUUGUGAAUCGUCAUGUUUUCGACUUCUGGGCGGAGCUUUAGACAGCGAAGGGUUGCUGCAGAUUAAUGUAAAUAACACUUGGAAGAACGUUUGCCUCAAGAACGAUAUAAAAUUGACAGACAGUGUGCAUGGUGUCUGCCUUUCUAUUGACAGAUCUCUAGGUGCGACACAAAUUAACGAGCCAUUGAUUUAUGGGAACAAAGUAGACGAAGGUGGCAUACAGAUGAACAACCUUACCUGUCAAGCCACAAUAGACAAAACAGACGCUUGUCCAAAAUUUAUAAUCUGCUGCCAAGAAUAUGGAAAAAUGAUCGGUGAACACCUAAGUGUGUGCAGCUCAAAUUGGCUGGAGACAAACUACUGCUACCCUGGCCAAGUUGUUGGGAUCCGUGUAUUUCUGAAACACAAUGAUAUUCAGAAUGUUCGAAGAGCUUGGACCAGUUCAGCAUUUAGAGAUUCGUGCAAGGACAACGCAAGUUAUUCCGUUACCACAGCGAACAUCUUAAACAAGUGCUUGCGGACUAUUCCGGCUAACUCAGACAAAGUAUACGCGUUGAUAGAGCGAGAUUACUGCAAAUGGACGACAGAAGUAAAAUGUGAAAAUGCGCGAACCUUCCAGUUACUCGAGGAAAAAACCGCGAGUAUGGAUGACCUACAUUGUGUAACAGUGGAAGUACAGAAUGGGACAAGGAACUUCUCAAUAGCUCACUGUUCCUCGUAUCUCCCAUCAAUUUGUCUGAAGCAAGAGAGAGAACGUCGCAUAUAUCGUCCAAACCUGAAAACAACAAUGUCUUCAACAAAGAAUACCCAGAGCUUGACCACAACUGCAUCGAAUGCGGAAACAUUCGUUUGGCCACUAUACGUUAUUGCAGCUAUUGUAGCGUUAGCCUUAACGUUGAUAGCAUGCUAUCAAUACAGGAAGUAUAAAAAAACAUUGCUUGAACGUCGACGAAUGGAUGCCAUGCCCCUGCCCGAAAUGUGAAUUGAUGGGGACAAUUGAUGGGGACUCCAGAGCGAUGUACGUAGUGAUGUAUGCGGGUCACAAUAUGGGAUAUGAAUAAAAUACUUAUCAAUCCAAGAACCAGCAGAUUCCAUCAAUAAACGUUCACCUC